AUGUCUUGGCAGCGUCACAAGAACUUGAUAGCAGCCAUGUCGGAGGACAGGAUCAGAGUGCUGAACAUUGAGAAGUUCGGCCCAGGGGCUGCGGCGAACGGAACGCUAAAGGGGAACAUCGUUGAGUAUGAGCAUACUGGACUGGACGAGAGCAACAGACCGGAGUAUCAUGAUCGAGAGACGAAUAAGAUUUUGCGGAAGGUGGAUUGGAGGUUACCGCCGGUGUUGGCGGUGCUUUACCUGCUGAGCUUUCUGGAUCGGUCGAACAUCGGCAAUGCAAAGAUCGCCGGCAUGACUGAGACCCUCAACAUGACCGGCCACCAAUUCAACAUCGCCCUCACCGUCUUCUUCUUCCCCUACGCACUCUUCAUGCUGCCAUCGAAUAUGGUCCUCAAAAAGCUCAAGGCCUCGACCUGGCUGGCGAUACUCAUGAUACUGUGGGGCACAGUCAUGACAAUGCAUGGGGUGGUGCAAACAUAUGGACAGCUCUGUGCUGUGAGAACGUUGCUCGGUCUGUGUGAGAGCGGCUUCACGCCGGCUGCGCAGUAUUUGCUGAGUUGUUGGUAUGCUCGCUUUGAGUUCCAGACGAGAGUUGCGCUGUUCUUCAGCGCGGCCACUCUUGCUGGCGCGUUUUCGGGAAUCUUGGCGUAUGCGAUCCAGAAGAUGGAUGGUACUGCUGGGUAUGAGGGAUGGAGAUGGAUCUUCAUCCUCGAAGGCAUCGCCACCGUCGCAGUCGGUGCCUGCGUCAAAUUCGUCCUCCCCGACGCCCCUCGCGAAUGCACCUUCCUCACCGAGCGCGAGAAAACCAUCAUCGAACGCCGCAUCCAAGAAGACGCCGGCACAAAAGAAGGCGAGAACGACCACAACGACAAACUCUCCUUCAAAGCCAUCUGGAGCAUCUUCUCCGACUGGAAGAUCUGGCUGUGGGGAAUCAUCGUGUCUGGACAGACUAUAUCGUACUAUGCGUUCAGCUUCUUUGCGCCGACGAUUGUGAAGGAGCUGGGGUAUAAGAGUUGGCAGGCGCAGCUGUUGAUGGUGCCGAUAUAUCUGUUGGCGUGUAUUGCGACUGUCAUUGUGGGGCUGACGGCGGAUCGAAAGCAGACGAGAUGGGUGUUUAUUGUUGUACCGUAUCUGGUGGCAGGCAUUGCGUUUGUGGCACUUCUGUCGAUUCCGCAUCCGAAGUUGCCCGGUUUGACGUAUGGCUUCUUGUUCUUGAUUCCGCUCGGACUCUCGACCGGCAUCGUCGGUGUCUUCUCCUGGGUCGCCAACAACCUCGCGCCCUCGUGGCGGAAAGCAAUGGGCAUUGCCUGGGUCUGCUGUCUCGCCAACUUGGGCGGCUCUAUCGGUUCGAACAUCUACAUUCAACAGCAAGCACCACGGUACUGGCUCGGCUUUGGCUUUAGCUUGGGUGUACUGGCGGCUGCGGUCGCUGCAGCGUUUACGCUCAGGGUAGGCCUAGUCAGGAUCAAUGCCAAGAGGGACCAGAUGAAUGUCGAGGAUAUUCAGGCGAUGUAUUCGGAAGAGCAGUUGCGGGCGAUGGGAGAUGCGAGUCCGUUGUAUCGGUAUGUUGUGUAG